AUGUCCCUGGCCUGUGAAAUGGUAAGGAGCGAUAUGAAAACUGGGGAAGAAGUGUCAACCAUCGCUCACUUCGGAUCGAAGAACCACAAACUUAUCGGUACGGACGAUACGGAAGAAACCCAGAGCAUCAUGAGGGAAAAGAUGCUAAAGCCCUUUUCGGAAUAUCAGAGGAGGGGCAGUGGAUGGAGACUACGAAGGGUUACCCGGCUGGAAAUCCACAUCGGUGAGUUCCGACCACUUAGGGGUAUGAAACACGAACCACUACCCAAAUCCAUAGCCAGCAAGAAAGCAAUUAUCAACAUGAAGAACGACAACGACGAAUGUUCUGGAACUAUGUUCGAACAACGACUACCAAAGACACAAGUAUCCAAAACCCGGAAGCACCACGAAAUUCGAAAACUACGAAAAGAUACAGGAAUUCUCGAUUGUCAUCUAUGCAGACUUUGAAUGUUACAUCAACAGAUUAGAUGCAGAAGAGAAAAGUCCAGACAGGUCGAGUACCACACUAUACCAGAAACACAACCCUAGUGGAUUUUGCUACUACAUUAAGUUCUUCGACAACUCCAUCUACAAACCCAAGCUGGUACACUAUACCCAGCAAUAUGAAGGAGAAGACAUAACCAAAAAAUUUGUGGACCUUCUCAAGGAGGAAACCCUGGAUAUCCACAAAAGAUUCAAAACGCCGGCCCCAUAUAAUAUGACCCCUGAAGGCAUCGAAGACUACUGUCUGUCCACACAGUGCUAUGCAUGCGGAGGGGAAUUUACGGAAGAGGACUACAAGGUCAGCGACCACUGCCAUUACACAGGAGAGUAUAGAGGUGCAGCACACAACUCGUGCAACCUCAGGAUGAGGCAGCCGAAAUUCAUACCAGUCCAUAACCUCGAAGGGUAUGAUGCCCAUUUAUUUAUCAGGAACCUCAGGGUGAGCAGUGGAGACAUCGGGUGCAUUCCCAAAACGGAAGAAAAGUACAUAUCCUUUACCAAAGAGGUAGUGGUUGAUACAUUCAAAAACAAAGACGGUAAGGAAAGGAAGGUCAAAAGGAAAUUAAGAUUCCUGGACUCCUUCAAAUUCAUGGCAAGCUCCCUGGACAAACUUGCUAAGGGUCUAGGUAAGGCCGACUUCGAAAACCUGGACCUAAUGACAUCACACUACACCACGGAACAACAGGAAAUCCUAAAGAAGAAAGGCGUAUACCCCUACGAACAUCUCUACCACCCAAGAGCAAAUUCUUCAGCAGUCUAACCGGUGAAGACAUCAGCAACACCGACUACAAGAGAGCACAAAACGUGUGGAACACCUUUGGUAUGAAAACCAUGAGGGAUUACCACGACCUAUACCUUAAAAUGGACGUUCUUCUACUAACCGACAUAAUGGAAAACUUCAGAAAGGUAUGUAGAGCAAACUACGGACUCGAUCCCCUGUGGUACUACACAGCACCGGGACUGGCGUGGGAUGUGUAUCUGAAACUAACCGAAGUAUAA